AUGGCAGACACAGACGUUGCAGCUCCCGCCGACAAGAAGGCCCCCCCCAAGUUCAAGCAGAGGACCGCUCGCACCUUCAAGAGCAAGGCCCCUAAGCCAGGCCAGAAGGGAUUCGGAGACGACAUCCCCGGCAUGGAGGGUCUCGGCACAGACAUCACCGUGGUGUGCCCAUGGGAAGCCUUUGGCGACAUGGAGCUCAGCGACCUGGCAAAAUAUGGAAUCGUCUAG